AGAUCAGAGUGCAACAGCGUUUUACUCACAGACGGUCGCCAUGAAACUGUAUCUGUGCAUCGUGUUGCUGUCUUUUCUGCCAUGGACCAUCUGCGGGGAAAAAAUACUGGUGUGGUACACUGAAGGAAGCCACUGGAUCAACAUGAAGCCGGUGCUGGAGGAGCUGGUCCAUCGGGGGCACCAGGUAACAGUCCUGACUCCAAGCACGUCCAUGUUUAUGAACACAAGCGAGCAGGCACUUUUCGACUAUGAGCCCUUUCCAGUCGAGGUGUCACUGAAAGAAAUGGAGGAAUUCAUGGAGACAUUUCUACAUUUCUCCAUGUACGAGAUGGACCACAUGAACUACCUGCAGAUUUACAUGAAACUUAUUGAACUCAUGGAAACUGACAUGAAAUUUUCAUUGAUAUUUUUGGAUGGAGUGGUGAAAUCAGACACACUAAUGAACAAACUGAAAGCAGGCAAAUAUGACCUCUUGUUUUCUGACCCCAUCUACCCAGGGAGUGACUUGGUUGCAGAUAUUUUGGGGAUACCGCUGGUCUUCUCUCUUCGGUUUUCUUUGGCCAAUAAUUGGGAAAGGCACUGUGGCCAGGUUCCUGCUCCACCCUCUUUUGUCCCAGGAGCCAUGAGUAAACUGACAGACAAGAUGAGCUUUUCAGAGCGAGUGUUUAACAUUCUCUUCUAUGCAUUGAAUGAUGCUGUUGCAGAAUUUUCCCUUACGUCAAAAUUGGAUGAAUAUUAUACUGACAUCAAGGGAAGCCACUGGAUCAACAUGAAGCCGGUGCUGGAGGAGCUGGUCCAUCGGGGGCACCAGGUAACAGUCCUGACUCCAAGCACGUCCAUGUUUAUGAACACAAGCGAGCAGGCACUUUUCGACUAUGAGCCCUUUCCAGUCGAGGUGUCACUGAAAGAAAUGGAGGAACACAUGGAGACAUUUCUACAUUUCUCCAUGUACGAGAUGGACCACAUGAACUACCUGCAGAUUUACAUGAAAUUUAUUGAACUCAUGGAAAAUGAGAUGAAGUUUUCGUUUGCAUUUUUGGAUGGAGUGGUGAAAUCAGACACACUAAUGAACAAACUGAAAGCAGGCAAAUAUGACCUCUUGUUUUCUGACCCCAUCUUCCCAGGGAGUGACUUGGUUGCAGAUAUUUUGGGGAUACCGCUGGUCUUCUCUCUUCGGUUUUCUUUGGCCAAUAAUUGGGAAAGGCACUGUGGCCAGGUUCCUGCUCCACCCUCUUUUGUCCCAGGAGCCAUGAGUAAACUGACAGACAAGAUGAGCUUUUCAGAGCGAGUGUUUAACAUUCUCUUCUAUGCAUUGAAUGAUGCUGUUGGAGAAUUUUCCCUUACGUCAAAAUUGGAUGAAUAUUAUACUGACAUCAAGGGGAAACCAACUAGUGCUUGUGAACUCAUGGGCAAAGCAGACAUCUGGCUCAUGAGAACUUACUGGGAUUUUAAUUUUCCACAUCCUUUCCUUCCCAACUUUAAAUAUGUGGGUGGGAUUCACUGCAGACCCGCUAAGCCCUUACCCAAGGAUAUAGAAGAAUUUGUGGAGAGCUCUGGAGAUGCCGGAAUUGUCGUCUUUACGCUCGGAUCCAUGAUCAACAACCUGACUGCAGAAAAGGCAAACAUGAUUGCUUCAGGCCUCGCUCAGAUACCACAGAAGGUGCUUUGGAGGUACAGUGGAGAGAAACCUCAAAGUCUGGGUGCCAACACAAGAAUUUACAACUGGAUCCCACAGAAUGACCUACUUGGUCAUUCCAAGACCAAAGCAUUCAUCACUCAUGGGGGCACAAAUGGCAUCUAUGAGGCCAUCUACCACGGUGUUCCUAUGGUGGGUCUCCCAAUGUUUGCUGACCAACCAGAAAACAUGGUCCACAUGAGAGAAAAGGGAGCUGCAAUUUCUUUGGACUUUAAUUUUAUAACAUCAGAGGAUCUACGAGAUGCCGUCAACACUGUAAUCACCGACAAAUCUUAUAAAGCCAACGCCAUGCGCCUGUCAGCUAUCCACCAUGACAGACCAAUAAGUCCUCUGGAUGAAGCUGUAUUCUGGAUUGAGUUUACGAUGAGACACAAAGGGGCCAAGCAUCUGAGAGUGGAAGCUCAUAACCUUACCUGGUACCAGUACCACUGUCUGGACGUGGUCGCUUUCCUUUUGUCAGUGACUCUGCUUCUCCUUUAUCUUUUACUCAAAACUUGCAAGUUUUGUUUGCAGAAAUGCUGUGGCAGAAAAGACCGUAAAACAAAAGCAGAAUAAUUGGUAAUGCACUCUCUAAAGUUUAACCAUCUUGUGUUAU